AUGUUCACACUGCAAAAUACGCAGCCUAUUUUGACAAGGGAAGGAAUCCUUAUAUCCUCUGAUGCAACACAACUCCUAGACUUCAUUGACAAUCAAGGCCAAGUUCAUGUAAUACAGAAAUACCUAGAAACCCCACUGCUUCUAGAACCAGGACACCGCAAAUUUGAUAUCAGGAGCUGGGUCCUUGUAGACAAUCAGUAUAACAUUUUCCUGUAUCGUGAAGGAGUCUUAAGAACAUCUUCUGAACCAUACAAUGACUCUGACUUUCAAGACAUGACAAGUCACUUAACCAAUCACUGCAUUCAGAAGGAGCAUUCUAAAAACUAUGGCAGAUAUGAAGAUGGGAAUGAGAUGUUCUUUGAAGAAUUUAAUCAGUACCUUAUGACAUCCUUAAAUAUCAAUCUCGAAAACAGCAUCCUAUGGCAGAUAAAGCAAAUAAUAAGGGUCUGUCUGACUUGUAUAGAACCUGCAAUCAGCACAAAGCAUUUGCCCUACCAGAGUUUCCAACUCUUUGGCUUUGACUUCAUGGUGGAUGAAGAUUUGAAGGUCUGGUUGCUUGAAGUCAAUGGUGCCCCUGCUUGUGCACAGAAACUGUAUGCAGAACUUUGUCAAGGCAUUGUAGAUCUAGCCAUCUCCACUGUCUUUUCUCUCAGCGACACUGUGCAGAAGCAGACCCAAGACAAUGCAUUCAUCAAACUCUGAAGCCUUACCUAUAUACUUACAAGCACUGCUGCCACAUAUUACUGGCUGAUAUCCAAUUCAAUUAUUUCGCCCACGAUCAUGCCAAUAGAUUGGAGAUUGCACAUGUCUAGAUAGAGUGAAACUAUGGAAAGAGCAGAAGAUGAGGCGAAAUGAACUGGAUUCUGCUUUUAUUAUUUUACAUGCCAAGCAUUUUGUUUUUUAUAUAUAAAUAUAUAACUUAUUUUUUAUUUAAGUGUAAAUGAUGGAUGCACAUUUUAGUCAGGGCUUCAGUUUUGUUUCUUUUUUAUGGAUGUUUAGCGCUUGAAUGCUUUUAUGUCUCUACAUUUUUACAAACCUAUGAAGUAAAAGCCUUACUAAAGCAA